AUGCUCUUCGUCUACUACCAGGUCCCGUUGCCCUCGAACCACAUCAUGGCUUCGGUCAACCUUUUUCGCCGACUCUAUUCACCACGACAUGGCCUACCCUUCUUCUGCCUCCGCCUCGAGCCGCCACCCACAGUCACAGUCACAAACGCAAUCACGACGAAAGACGAGCUUCUGGCCAUCAUUGACCACGAGCGUGCCGGGACGGUGGACGAUCAUUUGCAGUUCGUUCGUGACCCGUACCUUCGGCGCUAUGCACAACCCGACGGUCCGAACCUUACUAUAUCCGACAGGAAGGAGGACAUCCACUACCCUUCACGAGACGAGGCCUUGAGGGGUGACCCGCAAGUGGCGGAAACCGUCAAGAAGCUCCGUAAAAUGCUCAACAUGCGUCUCAAACACCCCGGCCUCAUCGGCUUGAGAGCGAUCUAUGCGAUGUACUGCACCUUGCCCACCCCUCGGAUGCUGCACCUACCCGCGACACUGCGCCAUCGUCUGCUGAAAGUACUGGGGACGCCGAAGCGCCGGAACUCGAAGUCCAUGCUUCGGUUCUUUGCGGUUAUUGGUGAGGUACAGCACUGCGGGCUGACCUUGCGCCGGCGUGAGUGGAAUGCGGCCCUGGCACUGGCGAGCCAGUAUGUGAGCCACACUACGGAUACGGAAGCUGAAGCAACCCUUCGGCUAUGGAACGAGAUGGAACGAAAUGGCGGGGAGAAGGGGAAUGGCGUGACGUUCAAUAUUUUGUUCGACGCAGCCUCCAAGUCGGGCAACUUUGCACUGGCCGAAAAAAUCUACGGCGAGAUGGUGUCGAGGGGUAUACAGUUCAACCGUUACCAUCACGUCAGCCUGAUCCACUUCUUCGGUUUGAAAAAGGACGAGGACGGCAUUCGAGCCGCCUACAAGGAGAUGGUGGACGCCGGGGAAAUGAUCGACACCGUGGUGCUCAAUUGCUUGAUAGCGAGCUUCCUCCGUGCCGGGGACGAAGCGGCUGCCCUCCGCGUUUACGACUAUAUGAAGAGCAACAACCCGAGGGCAGCCGCGUUGCCGGCAACCGACUACCGCAUGAGUCGGGUUGCGGUGCAGGUCCUCAUGAUGUUCGGCAAGGUGGGACGGAACCAUCCCUCCAUGCGACCUACUUUGCAGGAGGCGGUCGUCAACACCCCCGACUUACAGACCUACCGCAUCCUCCUGAACCACUACGGCGUCACCGCGGGCAAUCUCAACCGGGUCGUGCAGUUCCUCGACGAGAUGAAGUGGUUUGAUGUCCCCGUACAUGGCGCCAUCUUCCUUAUUCUCUUCAAGGCCUUUACCCAACACGGCGGCCGCCCUUACCUAGGUUGGACGGAGGAUCGGCUUCGCAGCGUCUUCUCGUCUCUGCUUCACAUCCUUGACAACGAAAACGGCCAACAUCUGUACAUUGACACAUGGCUUGCCGGGUGGGCGCUGCGUGCUUUUCUCCGGUGUUCGAAUAAGGACGCCGUCUUGGACGCCUAUGAUGAGCUGAAGUCGCGGUGGGAGUUGCCGGAGGAUCGGGUCGAAUAUAUGGAGGCAUUCCUGCACAGACUGCUCAGCAACGAGCCGGAGUCCGGGAGACACGACUCCUCCACCAGUCUUGGGGUGCACAGGAGAGGUAAAGCUGGAUUGUGA